UUCCCAAAUGUUGACAUGAUCUCGCCACUCUGAAGAUGUAUGGACGUUUCUCUGGAAUGUCCAUGAAUUGUGAUAUGUUCCAUGAUCCUCAGAGUAGUCACUCCAACCUACAGGAAGUGUCGUCUGAUCAUGGGACUGUUGACACCAUGCAUGCGCGUGCGGGGCCUACCUUGAUCAUGGAACCUAGUUCUAAGCACAAUCCUACGCACAUGGGAUGCAGGUCGACCGAUGAUGAAUGCCUUAACCCAUGGAUCCUUGCGGCUUCUUGCGUCGAAUUGUGCCGGGGGGGCGGCACUGGAACUCAGCCACCGAAUGAAGCCAAAACUCUGCGAGAUCCAUGAUCUUAUUUACGAUCUCUGCGGGUAGUUUUGUUGCCUUAAUAAGGAUGUCCUGAGUAU